AAACGACCCUUCUCUCUCUCUCUGCUCACUGUUCUCAAAGAUCGAAACUUUGGCUCUCUGUCUUCUCUCCUCUCCUCUCUCUCUCUGCUUCUCCUUCUAUGAUUUGCAAUGCCGACGAGGAAAGACGCUUCUGAAGUCUCUUCGGACCGCCGGAAGUGGCAGAAGGUCUUCAACGCUUUCGUGGAGCUGCUCGGGAAUCAACAGGCACAGCUCAUGACCCUCGUCCGAGAGAGGAAGCUCCUGGAGGAUCGCAUCAAGAUGCAACACAGGCGUUGGAACUCCGACGUUCGUUUUCUCAAGGACUGAAUCUCUCAGACAAACGGAGCUUUGAAGGUGCAAGACAUGGUACACUUUCUUGAGACCACGAAGUUGGAUUUCGCUUUAGGGUCGAAGGAAAGGGAGGCUCUUUAUUACAAAUUGAAGUUAGAGCAAGCAGAUGAUGAGUUGGCUGAUUUUAGAGGGUGCCCUGAUAUUAUUCCACAGAAAUACUCUGAACUUGAGGAAAAUAAGUUUGCGGAAACCAGAAAAACAAGGAAAGGACUCAGAAGUAGUAAUGGGAACGUUGGGAAGUCUUGUAAAGAUGCCAAGAAGGUGCAGGAGGAGGGUACACGUUUGCUGGAGGAAGAAAUGAAAAAAUUGAGGCUUGAGUAUCAUAUGGCGAUGGACUGCUUGAGAAGGAGUAUUGGAUCGGAUAUUUACUCAUGCUUCCUUUCUAAUGUUGUAUCCAUCAUCCCCCAAGUUCCGAGCUCGGAAACCAUCUAUUACCAUUGCAGGUAUAUCAUUUUAAGCCUUCUUGGUGAUGGACAAUAUUUACCUGUCCAAAUUAAUCACAGUAAGCUCGAUGGUAUGAUUUUGGAAGGAUAUAAAAGCGUUCAUAGUAUAUAUAAUACAUGACACAAAUGACAGGCGCGGAUAUUAUAUCUUAUAAGUGCUUCUUUUGAUGCCUCAAUUAAUCUUAAUUAUUGAUUUGUGAAAACGGUGUGAGUCAAUCAAGCU